GUUCCGACAUUGACCACAUCUCCUCCGUGCCUACCUUGGAAGACGGAGGAUACCGAACAUUGUCAUUGCCUAGCACUCCACCCUGUCAUCGUACUGGCCACCACAUCAUGGCAAGCACACGGCGGCCCACGGCUUCAACACAGCCCAGAGUGGUACCGCUAGAUGCAGCAGAGCAAGAUCAAGUGCUCCGCUCUCGCCUUUCGCAUACGCUCUCACAUCGACCUUUGCAAGGCCUCAAGUCAAAGAUCAGUCUCCUCGCCUCUGCCUCUCCCACGUCAGAUGCACUCUCGCCGGCCUACACGCUGCAGCGCGCCUCGCUCCUUUCGGAUUUGCAGUCCUACCUCCUCUCCCUGUCCCGCACAUCUCUCAUCACCUCGAGCACAGCCUCUACACAGGUACAGGAGUAUGAGCGUCAAUACGAGGAGAUCAAAGCUGAGGAGGCUAGGAGUAUACAGAGGAUUGCUGGAUUGAAGAAGCAGCUCGCAGAGAUCCCUCUCCAAUCUCCUCUCGCACCUUACCUCUUCCUUCCUGUACAACCCAUCAAGCACCUCGACCACAGAU